CCACCGCUACACCGACGGACACUGGUCGAGACCGGCACUCUCCUGUGUGGCGUUCACGCAUGUCGGUCUAUUGAUCCAUGUCUUGCUGGAGACGCUGAAACAACAUAUGAGGUGAUGACUUCACCAAUUCACCAUCAAAAGCCAUUUCACUGUGAGGGCCGGGCUCGAGAUCUGGGAGUACUUGGCCGGGGUCAUCCAGGCCAAGUCCGACGCCAAUUCCUCCACUUUGACCUAUGGGGCGGAUGUAGGUCGGUCGAAGGUACUGGGGUAUGCGUCCAAGGCGACCUGUCAACCACGGCGACCUGUCAACCACGGCGAAAGGUGCGUGACGAUGCUGCAUGACUGUGGCACCGCUGUUGGAUGCUGUGAGUUUUGACAUGGAGGCACAUGGCACGUUCAUCUGUGCGGGAGUGCGGAAGCAAG